GUCAGAUGGUUGUCAGAGUGUCAAAGAAAAAUCAACAACUGCUUUCAGCUUCAUUAUUAAAAUUAUAUUCAAUUUAUAAUUCAGAUUUAAUAAUAAUCAAGAUGCGAAGACGAGCUGGAGUGGGUGCCAUCCAAAAGCAAAAGUUAGAGCAAGAGAAAUACAGAGAGAAAGGGUCCGAAAUACAAGAAAAUCAGUUUCAGCAGAUGUCCAAACAACUAGAAGUGUUCAGGGAAAAUUUGGAGGAAUUCGCCACGAAACAUAAGAACGAGAUAAAGAAGAACGCUCAGUUUCGUAGGCAGUUCCAAGAAAUGUGCGCUGCGAUUGGUGUAGACCCUUUAGCUUCUGGAAAGGGGUUCUGGUCAGUUCUUGGCAUCGGAGAUUUUUAUUACGAGUUAGGAGUCCAAAUAGUAGAAGUAUGCAUGGCAACAAACUACAAGAACGGAGGUCUGAUCACACUUGAGGAGCUUCGGAUGAGGCUGAUCGCAGCCAGAGGGAAGGCCAAAAAGCAUCAGGAUAUUACUAAUGAGGACCUGUUGGCUGCUGUUAAGAAAUUAAAGAUAUUUGGCAAUGGAUUCACAGUAGUUCCCAUUGGCAAGGGCAGAUGGCUGGUGCAGUCAGUACCCGGAGAGCUCAACCUGGACCAGACCCUGGUACUACAGAAGGCCAGCGCCCUGGGCACGGCUUGGAUCUCUGCUAGCAUACUUACUGGGGAUCUAGGUUGGAACGAAACGAGAACGCAAAACGCAUUAAACCACAUGGUGAAAGAGGGCCUAGCGUGGAUCGACACACAAGACAAGGAGAUGUUGUAUUGGUUCCCUAGCAUGUUCUCCGAGUGCGUAGCGGCCCAAUGAUAGUAUGUCGUUAUUUUUUCGCUCUUUCCUAAAAUAUUAUAGUUCAGAAUUGGCAAGAUCAGAGGACCUACCGCAAACGCCGACGUUCGUAAAAUGUGGGCAUCUAUCUCUGUCACUCUAAUUACGCCUUACUUGGAGUAAAAGAUAAAUGUGCCCGCAAUUUGCGAAGUUCGGUGUUCGCGGUAGGCCCUCUGAAGGCAUGCCAUGCAUCUAUUAUUUACUUACAAUAAUAUUUUGGGAAUAGGCGAUUUUGUAAUUUAGAAAAAAUUGUAUACACAGUAAAUACCAUUAAGUCUAAUAAAUGAUUUAUUAUAAUAAUAUUGCACUGUAAAUCCAUUUUAAUUUGAUUCUAAUUACAAAUAUUUAUCAGCUUAUCGAGCUAUCAUCUUGUAUCGACGACGCUAUUGACGGUAGUUUUAAUUUUGAUCUUAGUUCUUUAUUUUCUUGUUGUAAGUCGUCCAAUUUCUUCUUUAAUUUUGUUGUCAUUUCAACGUAGGAUUCUUUCCACCUGUAAAGUGUAAAUUAAUUACUGAAUUUAAUUCACUGCAAAUAUUGUAAUACAUAGGACUCAAACUAAAGUAGCAGGCUGUCACCAAACACUAAAACCAUGGGGAGGAAACUGGAGCGUUCGGGCAUUCUCGGCUCCGUUCGGCUCAGCAUUGCUCCGAGCAAUUAUUAGGUUUGGCACAACUUGACGUCCCUUUGCGUGCACAACCACAGAGAAGAUAAUUACUUGAGUUUUGACAACCCUAA